GGGCCUGCUGGGAACUGCUCCUUCUGCUAAAGCUGGGCCAGGCGCCAUGGCAGCAGCAAUGGCCGCCUCAGAAGACCCCAAGGACCAGAGAGCCAGCCCCAACGUCACAGGCCUUGAGACAGACCUGGAGACCAGCUCGAGUGGGAAGCCGGCCCGCCAUCAGAAGGCCAUCCCCUCUGCUCAUCUAACUUUCGUUAUUGAUUGUGCUCGUGGGAAACAGCUCUCCCUGGCAGCACCCUCGGUGCCACCCCGAGCCCCAAGUCCCAACCUAGGCCCUGUCACCUCUCCGAUGAAGACCUACAUCCUGUUCUGUGGGGAAAUCCAGCCCCAUCUAACUCAGGAGGCCCCCCUGGGUGGCAGAUGCCUUGCCCAGGCCAGGGGUACCUUGCCACCCUGUGGAGGGACUGGGGCCCCAGCUUCCUCUCCAGUCAGCCCACUCUGCCCCCAGGAGGCUCCUGAAGCCAAGGGGAGCCCCUUGAAGACUGUGCCCGCAAGGUCUUCAGCUUGGGGAACAGUCAUAGGCUCGCUCAAAGCCCUCUCCUCCUGUGUCUGUGGACAGGCAGAUUAACUGGAAGGGCCUGGCCAUGGAAGGGAGGGGUUGGCAUGCCAGGCUCAGUGCCCGGGGGCUGCAAUUCCCAGAGCCCACUACCUCUUCCCCAGCCAAGGAAGG